AUGGCGUGGAUGGAUCAGAGACCCUUGCCGCGGUAUGGCUAUUGGGGGCCCAUCACCAGCUCGCUGCUGUGGUGCGAGGAAAAGGUGAGGAAAGGAGAUUUGCAGGGAGCGAGCGCAGAGCUAUCGUCAUCAUCGCCCUGCUGAUGGACCAUCCAUCCGGAACCGUCUUUGCGCGCGCAGUACGUGUGGUCAAGGUAUAUUGCUGAGCCGGUCAACACGUAAGUGAAAAGUCGUGCUGUGCUGAUGCGAGCCUCAAACAGUGAUUCGUAUUGCAGCUCCUAACGUGAGAUCGAUCGAUCGCUCUGCGCCUCGCGUCGCCUCGCAUCGCAUCGCGUCAGCUUUUCCAACCUCUUCUUCAUCGCGCUCUCGCUGUACGGAGCGCGCAAUGGCUACCAGGCGCGACUGCCGCGGCGCUUCAUCUUGGUCAACCUGGGCAUAACGGGCAUCGGUGUGGGAUCCUUCUUCUUUCACAUGACGCUGCAAAAGUGGGCUCAGCUGCUGGACGAGCUGCCAAUGAUCUACACCUCUGCACUCUUCACCUACGCAGUGUGCGAAACGAGCGCCAAGGGACGCAAAGCUCGCUUUCAGUACAGCUUGCCCGCUACGCUCAUUCUGGCCGUCAUUGCCAUCACCGUCGGAUAUGUGAGUUGGCGCAUCUGCUCUGCAGACAUGCUUUUUUUGCCCUUUGCUUGCCUUGCAGGCUCGUCAAGCGGGCUCACCCCUGGCGUUGCCCGCUGCGCACAGCUCUACUCUGGCAACCCCAUCUUUCACCAAGCAGCGUAUGCGGCCAUACAGCUGACGAGCACCGUCAGGAUCGUCACUCUGCUGCGCUCCAGCUCCUCUUCCAUCAACAAGACGCUCGCAGGCAGAAAGCUCAAGCAGGACAUCAACAAGAUCUUCAUCAGAGGCGCAGUCACAUUUCUCACGGUGAGCGGCGGCGACACCUGGCUGGCCCCCCCGCUUGAAAGGGGGGAAGAAGGGGAGCUUCUCGCACACUGACACGCGGACACACACCGCCUCUUUUUCCCGCGCUACAUUAGGCGUUUGGCAUUUGGCAGAUUGACAACAUCUUUUGCAGUUGGCUUAGGUCGACCAGGAGGUUGGUGGGCCAGCCCAUCGCGCUGCUGUUGGAGGGUCACGCUUGGUGGCAUAUCGGCACGGGCUGGGGAGCGUACGCGAUUGGCGUCGCAGGUGCUCUUUUGGUGAGUCGCUGUGGAUGCAGCUUGCGCCGCCGCCGUCGAGGGCGCGGGAAGGCGGGGAAAGAGACGGGUGGAUCUCAUUCCAUGCGCCCCUUGCACCACACUUCAGAUCUCGUCGCUCAAAGAGACGCCCAGCAACUUUGCGCUGGGUGGCACGUGGUACUUGCCGCGCGUAGAGAGAUUAAAGACCUCCAAACGACGUCCUCGCCGCUCCUCCACCACCGGACAGUCCACUGCUGGCGAGACGGAAGUCGAAGGAGAGGAGGAGGAGGAGGAGGAGGAUGUGGAUGUGGCCAAGAGUCCGCGCAGAUCGCCACUAAAGAUCACAUCGAAGAAAGACGCGUCAAAGUCCCGCGGCGCUACACCCAAAAAGGCGGCUAGCAGUGGCGCUUCUACCGGCCUGACCCGCACCCCAUCCGCUUCUUCGCGCAAGAGGACUGUCAGUCAGUCUCGUAAAAGAAUCGAGGCAGAGCGAGACAGCGAAGAGGAAGGGGAGGAGGAGGAGGAGGAGGACGAGCAAGUAUCGAAAGCCAAACGCUCCGCUUCCCGUUCUCGUCGCGUUCGCUCCGUCUCGACAAAGUCGGAGCUGGCCGAGUCUUCAUCGGUCGCCGCGACGACGCCCAAACGUGGUCGCGGUAGACCCAAAAAGGAGCCGACGAUGCUGGUGCAGCUGGACGACGAUGGAGACGUCGUUAAACAGCCGACGGAUAUUCAAGCUUCGGGCAGACGCCGCAAGCAGACGCAGAGGGCCAUGGCGAAUUAG